AUGGUUUCUCAAAUCGCUGUAUUUGCUUUAACGUUAGCUGUUGUCGUGGUCGCUCAAGAUAAUUGCGGCCCCCCACAAUGUGGUCCUAAUCAAGUUUACAAAUGUGGUUCCCCUUGUAAAGAUUUUUGUAAUCGCACACCCAUUAUUUGUGAAGGGGACUGCGUCUACGGAUGUUAUUGCGAAGAUGGUUACACAUUCGAAAAUUACCAAUCGAAUACUUGCGUACCUGAAGCACAAUGUAGGGAAUGUCCUGAAACUCAGGUGUUUUCAGACUGUGGAUCCGCUUGUCCCGAUUAUUGCGGAAAACCCGAUGAUAUAAUGUGUAUUCAAGUAUGUGUCCCACGAUGUGUAUGCGAACCUGGACUUAUUUUUAGUGGUAAUGGAUCUCAAAUUUGUAUUCCAGAAAGUGAAUGUUAAUGAAAUUGUAAUUAUAUUUGCACCUAAAUAAAGAAUUGUA